AUGUUCCGAGCGCGAGUUCGUGAUAUUGCGCAUCCCGGUAUCCGGCAGUUCAUUCUACGGACCGCAGUGCUCAAGUAUUUGGGUAAGUGCCUGCAGUUGCAAUGGGACGAUUGGCAGAAUAUGCGCAUGCAUCUACGAACGCUGCAGCAAGAGGGUGUCACCAAGACUGCAGCUGAAGCUGAAGAGGCUGCAAUCUUGGAUGCGACGCGUUUGCGUUUGUUGCGGGCAAUUGACGAGCUGCGUGGCAAGGUGUCAACCACACAUAAGUUGUUGCAGCGCGAGUACGACGAGUUGUUCACAUAUAUGAUGGACAAACGUGCUCUGUGGGAUAGCCCCGAGUACUUCAAGGCGAAGACGGCGCUGGGCACGGCUAAUCAACAUCUGAGGAUGUACAUGACCGAUAAGUGAAUAUACAUACAUAGAAGAGGAGUUGCCAAUCAAUUUAAACAUUUACAUUCCAUGUUAUAAACGAAAUUCAUCACAUACAAAAUUAUUUAUAAAAUGGUAUUUCGA